AGUGGGAUUCUUUAGCUCAGUCUAAUGGUAUUUUACCUUAUCGGAUUAGGUCUAGGUGAUGUUGAAGACAUCACAGUCAAAGGUUUGAAUAUUGUAAGGAAAUGCAAGCGGGUCCAUUUGGAAGCAUACACGAGCAUCCUCUGCUACGGUUUGGAUAAAUCGAAGCUGGAAGAGUUCUAUGGCCGUGAAGUAAUCGAGGCUGAUCGUACGGUAGUCGAGCAGAAUUCUGAUGAGAUAUUAGAUGGAGCGGAUGUAGACGAUGUGGCGAUGUUGGUCGUUGGUGAUCCUUUUGGCGCCACCACGCAUACGGAUUUGGUCCUUCGAGCUAAAGAAAGAAAUAUUCCAGUAAAAGUAGUGCACAAUGCUUCCAUAAUGAAUGCGGUGGGAUGUUGCGGACUCCAGUUAUACAACUUCGGUGAGACGGUGUCGAUCGUAAUGUGGUUGGAAGGAUGGGAGCCAGAUAGCUAUUACGAUAAAAUUGCUUCAAAUAUGGAGAAGGGCUUUCACACCCUGUGCUUGUUAGAUAUCAAAACUAAGGAACAGUCCAUCGAAAACAUGAUGAGGGGUAGAAAAAUUUACGAGCCACCUCGGUAUCUCACUUGCGCCGAAGCUGCUUCACAGUUGCUAAAGAUCGCUGAACGGAAGAAGGCAGCAAAAAUUGAACCAGUUUAUAACGGGUCUUCACCGUGCGUGGGAUUAGCUCGAGUUGGCUGGGAUGAUCAGAAGAUAGUCUUCUGCACUUUGAAGGAAAUGUCAGCCUGUGAUCUUGGGCCCCCUCUUCAUUCACUGAUACUGCCAGGUCACAUGCAUCCGUUGGAACUUGAUAUGCUCAAUACUUUCAAGCUUGAAAGCUAAAUUUGCAAAAUCUUCUCCGUUCUGUAUUUUAAAAUUAUCCAAACUGAGCUCUACUAAACAUUGUAUUACAUAUUCGUUCCAAGUUAUAUAACGGAAGAAACAAGAUCAUCUUCAUUAUUUUCUUAUUCUGUACUUCAUGUUGCUUAUGUUGUUAUGUUGUUAUUGUUACUCAUUGCAUGUAAAACUUUCAUUCAAAUACCUGAAC